GGGUUAGCUUCAGAUGGCACAUGCGACGUAUAAAACCCCGCCCGCCCGCUCGCAGCCCUCCAUUCCCUUUCCACAUCUGAGGCCGGAUCCUCUGCAACGCACCUAGUCGUUCGCUUGACACUUUACGUUCACCUUCUGCCCUCUUUGCCAGCACCCCUCCCUCCAGCUUUACCAUGUUCGCCAAGCCCCUCCUCGCCUCCCUCCUCGCCGCCUCGCUCGCGCUCCAGGUCAGCGCGCACGCGGCCAUCGCCCCCGCGCUCGGCGUCAAGGGCACGCCCGCGCGCAGCGACGUCCAGCGGCCCAGCGCGCAGAGUCCCUGCGGGAACGUGAACGUCGCGCAGGCGCUGGGCACGUCCGCCGCCGUCACGAUGUCCGGCACCACCUUCGCCGCCACCAUCACGAACUUCAACGGUGGCACGGACGGCUCCCGCCAAGUGACGGCCAAGAUCGACGCAGCCGGCACCGGCAAGUCUUUCGUCGCCGCCACGGUGACCAAGAACGGCGACAAGUCCCCCGCCACGACGGGCUCGCAGCAGCUCGAGGUGCAGGUGCCAGCCAACACCAAGUGCGCGGGCGGCCCGAAUAAGGAUACGUGCCUCGUGUCGUUCACGACCGCCGGGGGAUUCGGGAACUGCGUGGCGGUCAAGCAGGGGGGUGCGGCGGCGGCGGCGGCGGCGGUGGGGAACCAGGCCUCGGCGAAGAAGGGCAAGGCCGGGAAACAGGCGCGGGCUUGGGGAUCGCGGCAGGCUAGGGCGUACGCUUUGGGCGACCUCGAGUGAACUUGAGGGCUUCGGUGUCAUGAAGAGUACUGGUAUGGCUGUCAAGCUGUUUUCGACUCGAUGUGGUUGUACCUCUAUCCGCUGUGUUCCCGGGAGCAUGGCGUUAAUGAUGAUGUUGGAUUGGGUUGUGGCACGUUUCGAUUCUGGUUCCCUUGAGCACACGGCACUGGCAGCGGUGGUAUCCCCGUUCCUGCCUGUAUUCGC